AUCAUUGCAAUCAAAAUGUGAAACACUACAGCAUGACAUUGAUAUCCUGACGCAUACCUUAACUGAUAGAAAUGCAGAGCUUCAAAUUGAAGUCCACAAAACAGAAUCACUGGAAAAGGAACUCUUUAUUAGAGAGUCCAAUGAGAAACAACUGCAAUCAUCACUGAGAGAGUGCCACUGUACAUUGAAGUCCUCAUUAAACAUGAUUCCAUUUAUGGAUAGACUCAGUUCCAAUAUGGAGGAAGCAUUUUCUAGACUUGGCUCUUUAUCCCAAAGAGUUUCAUUUGCUACAGGAAGAGUUCAGUUCUUGCAAGGUCUGUUUGCACACAAACAAGCAAAGUGGAAAAAUGAGAUGGAAGUUCUUAAAGAAAAUACAGAAAAAGUUAAUGAUGGAGAAUUACAACCACAGAAAGAGUUUCUGGAUGAAAUUACAAGGUUAACACAGGAAAGGGAUAUGCUGGCCUGCCAAGCAGUCAAAGAUGCAGAGCUGCUGGAAUGUAGGGUGGAAAAUGUCAGAACAGAGUAUGAAGACAAAAUACAGCAAACAGCAUCUACAAUCAAGAAGUUUGAAACCGAGCUUAGAGAUGAAAGGAAACGGACCAGUGCACUCAAGGAGAAAGUAGACGUUUUACAGGCUGAUUUGCAAGAGUCAAAUGAGACGUUAGAAAGCCUUAAAAUUGACUUGGCUAGGCAUGACACUGAUGCAGAAAAAAAACUAAGCACAGCCCUUUCAACGAAACAAGCUAUGUUCACAGAAGAGAUGGCAGACCUUGAAAAACAGCUAAAUGGGGUCAGAGCGGAACACACAAAAACACUUGUUGCUUUGCGCCAAGCUGAACAUCAGUUAACUAGAGAAAAAGAAAAGGCCAAAGAACAAAUUGCUUUACAACAGAAAGAGUUUGACAUCAAAAUUGAACAACUAGAGAAACAAGCGAGAAAUUUGGAGAAGGAACGAAACAUGUUAAUGGCAACUGUCAGACAAGAAGGGAUAGUAAUAUCAAGAUCACGACCAAAACAUUAUCAAACUACAACAGAUAAACCAGACAUUGAUACAGAUGAAAAAGAAAACAAAGUUAUUGAGGCAGGUCCGGAAAUAAAGGAAUCAGCGGCCAAAGGCGAAAACAGAAAUUCAAGGAAAACAGAAAAUGUUAAAAAUGACGAGGAAUAUGACGAACAAUCUAUAGCCAAUGCUUUACACGAUUUAAAGUUCCUGUCUGAAGCUCUACUCAGCUUGAAAGAUGACCAUAUUGAUGGUAUGCAUUAAAAUGUUAGUUUUA